UACAGGACAGCAAGGUCCGGCUGCUUGUCGCGAGCCCGGUAAAGUGACCCGAGGCGGACCAUCACCCGGCGCCAUGCAGAAUGCUGAAGUCACCGGCGGCUACGAGCAUGAGAUUGACUCGGUGACUCCUCUGUCGCCCCUUGGCUUAGAGGCUGAAGUUUUCCUGCCGGGGAAGAACGUGCACUUCAUCGCCGACGUCCCGCCUGGCGACACGCUGGACUUUAAGCUGGCAGCCGUGCUCUCGUCCGGAGCGGGCUCUGGCAGCGACGAGGAUGAAGUGUCUGAAGUCGAAUCAUUUAUUUUGGACCAAGAGGACAACUCAGUGCUGAAGACUGUAUCAGAACUAUUUUUAUCAACUGCUGCAGAAGUAGCAGACUUGCGGACUGUUGAUCCGGCUACACAAGCGCGCUUAGAAGCGGUCCUAGAAGCUGCAGGAAUUGGUAAACUGUCCACCACUGAUGGAAAAGCCUUUGCAGAUCCUGAAGUACUUCAAAGAUUGACAUCAUCUGUGAGCUGUGCAUUAGAUGAAGCGGCUGCUGCUCUGACUCGCAUGAGGGCAGACAGUUUUCAUACAGGGCAGGUAGACAAUCGAAGUUUGGCAGAAGCUUGUUCAGAUGGAGAUGUGAAUGCAGUACGUAAGCUACUCAAUGAAGGUAGAAGUGUAAAUGAACAUACUAAAGAAGGUGAAAGUCUUCUCUGCUUGGCUUGUUCUGCUGGAUAUUAUGAGCUGGUACAAGUAUUACUUGCAAUGCAUGCGAAUGUUGAAGACCGAGGGAAUAAAGGUGACAUCACACCUUUAAUGGCAGCAGCUAGUGGUGGAUUUGUGGAUAUUGUAAAGGCUCUCCUACUGCAUUCUGCAGAUGUCAAUGCUCAGUCUUCAACAGGGAAUACUGCUUUAACCUAUGCAUGUGCUGGAGGAUUUGUGGAUGUGGUUAAAGUUUUGUUGGAAGAAGGCGCCAAUAUAGAGGAACAUAAUGAAAAUGGACACACUGCAUUAAUGGAAGCUGCCAGUGCUGGCCAUGUUGACGUUGCAAGGAUCUUGCUGGAAAAUGGUGCAGGCAUUAAUGCUCACUCAAAUGAAUUUAAAGAGAGUGCACUGACAUUGGCAUGCUAUAAAGGACAUUUAGAGAUGGUUCGGUUUUUGCUGAAAGCUGGUGCUGAUCAAGAGCAUAAAACUGAUGAAAUGCACACUGCUUUAAUGGAGGCCUGCAUGGAUGGACAUGUUGGGGUAGCUCGUUUACUGCUUGAUAGUGGUGCUCAGGUCAACAUGCCAGCAGAUUCUUUUGAAUCCCCCCUCACAUUAGCCGCUUGUGGAGGACAUGUGGAACUUGCAGCUCUGCUUAUUGAGAGAGGCGCCAAUCUUGAAGAAGUAAACGAUGAAGGUUACACACCUUUAAUGGAAGCAGCCCGAGAAGGACAUGAAGAAAUAGUGGCACUUCUUAUAGCACAAGGUGCUAACAUAAAUGCUCAGACUGAAGAAACCCAAGAAACGGCUCUUACUCUUGCAUGCUGUGGAGGGUUUGCAGAAGUCACAGAUUUUCUUGUGAAAUCGGGGGCAGAUGUUGAACUUGGUUGCUCUACUCCUCUCAUGGAAGCUGCUCAGGAAGGACAUCUUGAACUAGUGAAAUAUCUCUUAUCAGCAGGUGCAGAUGUUCAUGCCUCCACGGCUACAGGAGACACGGCUUUAACAUAUGCUUGUGAAAAUGGACACACAGAUGUGGCAGAAGCAUUGCUUCAAGCUGAAGCUGAUCUGGAACAUGAAUGUGAAGGAGGUAGAACUCCUCUGAUGAAAGCAGCACGAGCUGGACACCUCUGCACUGUUCAGUUUCUUUUAAGCAAAGGAGCCAAUAUUAAUAAAGCUACAGCCAAUAAUGAUCACACUGUUGUGUCCCUCGCAUGUGCUGGAGGUCAUCUUGCUGUUGUUGAGUUGCUGUUGGCAAAAGGAGCAGAUCCAACGCACAGGCUUAAAGAUGGAUCCACAAUGCUGAUAGAAGCUGCAAAAGGGGGCCAUACCAAUGUCGUUUCUUACUUGUUGGAUUAUCCGAACAAUCUUCUUUCAUCCGCCUCCUCUACUGAUGGCAAUCAGAUUACCCCCACACUUCAUGAUCAGUUUGCUGUUUCUUGUGUACCAAUGCAUACAAUUGCCACGGUCGUGCCACCUCGAGAGCCAGAUAAGCCUCCAGACGAGAUAGAUUCAGGAAAAGGUGCAUCAAAAAAGACUCCUAAUAACAUCCACGCCUCAGGUAAAGAACAAAGAUCUCUUCAUCCAUUUCAGCCCCUGGAAUGUAUAGUGGAAGAAACUGAAGGAAAACUCAGUGAACUUGGGCAACGAAUUAGUGCUAUUGAACGAGCACAGCUAAAAUCUUUAGAACUGAUUCAAGGUGAACCUUUAAAUAAGGAUAGAAUCGAAGAAUUAAAAAAGAACAGAGAAGAACAGGUCCAGAAGAAAAAGAAAAUCCUAAAAGAACUUCAAAAAGUUGAAAGGCAAUUACAGAUGAAAGCUCAGCAACAGGUCACCAAGGAGAUUGUCGAAGAUGCUACUAGCACAGAAACUUCUGUACUCCAGCCUUCUUCAGUAUCUAGUGAAUCUACAUUAAUGGCCGAUGAAAAUAUUUUUUCAAAUGACAAGUGUAUAGAAUUAGAUGCGUUUAGAACUGGUAGCCUCAAGGUGAUGGCACAGAUUUGUGGUAAAGAGAGGGGUUUGUCAUCCGUGGACUUGAUGCCAAAAUUAAUUAAUAACUUAGGACUUUCAGGAAUGGAUUCUAGUGAAUCGGUCACAACUUGCAGUAAAGUACCACUGGAUUGGCCUCCCGUCAAUAGCACUUUGACAUCUCAAGUUGCAGACAACUUAAUGAUUGCUCCUCCAGCUCAAACUCUAAAUGAUACUCUUGAUGACAUCAUGACAGGUGUAUCUGGCAAAAUACCUUCGGUGACUGGUGGUGACUUGGCUACAACAAUUUCUUCAUCAGUUCUACAGUCUGCUUCAGGAAGUCGAGAUGAAGAACCUUUGCUACCAGGCUUUGCGCCAGUAAAUAUUGAUGCACAUACUGAAAGCAAUCAUGACACUGCAUUAACACUUGGCUGUGCUGGUGGCCAUGAGGAGCUUGUAUCUGUGCUGAUAACUCGUUGUGCGAAUAUUGAACACAGGGACAAGAAAGGUUUCACUCCUCUGAUUUUGGCAGCUACAGCGGGACAUGCUGGAGUAGUUGAAAUUCUUUUAGAUAAGGGAGCAGAUAUUGAGGCACAGUCUGAACGCACUAAAGAUACUCCUUUGUCCCUGGCAUGUUCUGGGGGUCGUCAAGAGGUUGUAGAGCUGCUUUUGUCUCGAGGAGCCAAUAAAGAGCAUCGAAAUGUUUCGGACUAUACACCUCUCAGUUUGGCUGCAUCUGGUGGAUAUGUCAACAUUAUCAAGAUCCUGUUAAAUGCAGGGGCAGAAAUUAAUUCUAGGACUGGUAGCAAACUGGGCAUCUCCCCUCUAAUGUUGGCUUCCAUGAAUGGUCAUGUUCCUGCUGUUAAACUGCUUCUCGAUAUGGGAUCUGACAUAAAUGCUCAGAUUGAGACAAAUCGCAAUACAGCUCUGACUUUGGCAUGCUUCCAGGGUAGAGCCGAAGUUGUAAGUCUUCUCCUGGACAGGAAAGCUAAUGUUGAACACAGAGCUAAGACUGGCUUGACUCCUUUGAUGGAAGCUGCUUCUGGAGGUUACGCAGAGGUGGGAAGAGUGCUGUUAGACAAAGGAGCUGAUGUCAACUCUCCACCAGUGCCUUCAUCAAGAGAUACUGCUUUAACUAUUGCUGCAGAUAAAGGACAUUACAAAUUCUGUGAGCUUCUUAUUAAUAGGGGUGCCCAUAUUGAUGUGAAAAAUAAGAAGGGGAACACACCUAUGUGGCUAGCAGCUAAUGGGGGCCAUUUUGACAUAGUUCAACUACUUGUACAUGCUGGUGGUGAUGUUGACGCUGCUGACAAUCGUAAAAUAACUCCUUUACUGUCAGCGUUUCGGAAGGGUCAUCUAAAAGUUGUACAGUUCCUGGUAAAGGAAGUGAAUCAGUUUCCAUCAGAUAUUGAGUGUAUGAGAUACAUUGCAACAAUAACUGAUAAGGAUCUGUUGAAGAAAUGCCAUCAGUGCAUGGAAACAAUAGUGAAGGCAAAAGACCAGCAGGCUGCAGAAGCUAACAAAAAUGCCAGUAUCCUGCUUAAGGAGCUUGACCUUGAAAAGUCUAGAGAAGAAAGUCGCAAGCAAGCUCUUGCAGCUAAAAGAGAGAAACGAAAAGAAAAAAGAAAGAAAAAGAAGGAAGAGCAGAAAAAGAAACUGGAAGAUGAUGACUGUAAACUUUCCAGGACAUGUGACCUGGAUGCUGAAGAUGAACACAGUGAUGUAGAGGAGGAAGAUGUCCCUCUAGAGCCACCAAGUGCAACAAUAAUGACUACAAUUGGCAUCUCUGCAACAUCUACAACAUUUACAAAUGUGUUUGGAAAAAGGAGUGGUAUAAUCAUAACGCCUAGCACUAAUCAGAAAAAUAAAAAAGGCAAAACCGAAGAAAACCUGCAGCUUAUUGCACCUGACCCGGAUGUCUCUAAGAAAUCUCAAAAAAAUAAUAAUAAUGGACAUAGUGAAGAUGCUAGUGGUGUUGUUUGUGAUUUUGUAAUUUUGGAUAGUGAUGAAUGCAACAGUGAAAUCCCCGUUCACAAGAACCAAGAAUGUAAUAAAAGUGAUAACACAUCUAGAACGAAAACAUGUUCUUUACUUCUCCACAAAUGGGAAGAAAAGCCCAAGAUGUUAACAUCGAAGAUUUCCACAAGAAUUGAAAACGAUACGAGUAACAAGCAACCUUUAUCCAGUUUUAAAGCCACUCCUUUUACAUUGCCGAAUCCGAAGCUGAAUAUAUGUAGCCCAAAAAGAGGCCAAAAGAGAGAAGAAGGAUGGAAAGAAGUUGUUAGGAGAUCAAAGAAGCUGUCGGUUCCUGCAUCUGUAGUAUCUCGAAUAAUGGGGAGAGGUGGCUGUAAUAUCACUGCAAUUCAAGAUGUUACUGGUGCCCAUAUUGAUGUUGAUAAACAAAAAGAUAAGAAUGGAGAAAGAAUGAUCACUAUAAGGGGUGGACCAGAAUCCACUAGGUAUGUGGUACAACUGAUAAAUGCCUUGAUUCAAGAUCCUGCCAAAGAACUAGAAGACUUAAUACCCAAGGGACACAUUCGUAGUCCCAAGACACUAAAUUCACCAUCUGGAGCAGGCAUUGUAUCUACCAGCAAAAGCCCUUCUUUUGUAACAAACACUGCGACAUCAUCAAUGACUAGAGUUUUGACAUCUUUUAAGUCUUCCAAACAGACCAAAAAUAUCCAGGAAAAUAUUCAUCCUCCUUUGCAAGGAAUACUUCCUAUGCCUACUAGCCAUCCACGAUUUGCACAUUUAACAGCCCAACCAAUGCAGCCAGUCAGACAUACUCACUUACCAUUGGCCCAGCUUGGAGGUUCUUUAAGACCACCUACCUGUACAUGGGGGCCGUUUUCUGUGAUAUCAAGUGGCAAAAAUAUUUCUCCAAAACAUACAUUGCAAGAAACAAGUAGUACCGCACAGACGGAUGCAUCCUUAUUCGGCAGUUCAAUCUUUACCUCUAAGUUAAAUGAUGUUUCUCAACAUUUAAGUGAAUCCAACAGCCCUUCGUCCAUUGGAAAACAGUUAUUCCCUUGCAAUGUGAAAAGCAGCAGUGGGGUGUCUGUGUGUUCUGAUACUACAAGCAAGUGUACUACAGUGUCUUCUGUGUCAUUUACAACCAUAAGUAAUGCGUUAAAUUCUAGCACGCUUCCUAGUGAUGGGCAAACAGAACACCACUUAGCCACAAAACCGAGAACAGUGCGUCCUCUAGAUCAGACAGCAGAAAUGCGCUUUUCAUCUGGGAUGAACUGGUCUGCUAAUUCCUCAUUUACUAGUGACCAAAAAUCAUUUUGUUCUUCAAGUCCGUCAGCAUACAAAAGUAUAAAGGAGGAGGAACUGUCAGGUGGUACAUCAGAGCGAAAUGAACCCAAGGUUGCUGUUUAUGUGAAUGAGGCUGGCGCAGAACCUGAGAGUAAUUGCAGAUUUCCACACAUGGCUCAUGCCAACCAGUAUGCAUUACACAAUAUGCAGUAUAGAAACCCAGUAAACUCCAUGAUAUCUACGAAACAAAUGCAGCAAGAUGAACACACUCGCUUUUUUACAGAUUCACAGCCCAGUACUGCUCAAGAUUCACUCCAGAAAGGAAAUGCACAGUCUCCUCUUUCAACGCCACCUAUUAACAAUUCUCAAGUACACUUGAAUUUGACAAGCAAACAGUUGCCUCUGUCAUUUGGACCUGCACUUCUCAAUCACUUUUCUACUCCGCUUAAUCAGAUGUCAUGCAGUCAAGGUUGGGGAGCAUGUUUUUCAUCUGCUGAAACAAAUAACCAGUUUCUAAAUGGUCCAGAUAACUGCAUUCUUGGAGAAGUAGAAAAUUUCCGUUCCUUAACAGUAUCUAAUCCUCCUGGCUUCAGACCAACCGAGGGCAGUUUAUCUGGAUCAGUGGCAUCCUUUGACGAUUCUGACAACUGUUCACUGGGUAUAUCUGUACCAGCGAUGACCAGUUUUGAAAAAAAUCUGUAUCCAAGUCCGAUGUUUUUGCAAGGUCCUAAUGUUUGUUCUCCUAGUUUUAGUAGACAACACUUUUCACCGCAUCCUUGGACUAAUUCUUCAAAUCUGUCACUAUCUGGAUCGACUUCACCACCACCAUCAACUGAUUCUCAGUUAUCAGGCCUCAUGCAGCCAAUGAACUUUACAGGUGAUCGCAAAAUGCCACCUCCUAUCGGAACAGAGAGGCUAGCACGAAUUCGACAAAGUGGCUGUGCGUUUGGGAACACCUACUCACCUUCUGGUGGACAAAAUGGCAUAUGGUCAUUUGGCGUCAACAGUGGACCAGAUGGGUUUUCAGGCUGGUCUCAGCCAGUCAUGAAUACUCAUGUUUACCAUCACCCUCAACCAGACAACACUGUGUUUUCACAACACCAGUAUUUGGAAAGAGAUGAAUAUGGUGUGCUUCAUCCUUCCAAUGGACUUCAUCGACCAACUUCAAGCACAGUUAUUGACUCUUCCAAAGCCUUACCAGGAACAUGGACAUCACCUUAUGGAACUACACAUCUGAAAUAUGUUAACUGAUUUAGAAGAUACUGUUGAGCACAAUUUAAGAAUUGCAUUUGGGAUGUCCAGAAGAAUGAGGGUUUUCUCAGUUACGGUUAUUUGUUUCCUUAAAUUUCACUUCUGUUAAGGAGUUACGUACUUAAUAUUUAAAGCGAAUUUCAGAUUUGCUGUUUGUUGGUUUAUAAAUCACUUUAUACAAUCCUACAUCCAGCCUUCCAUUUUUACAUAUACUAUCGUCUAUGACAUACAGUGAUAUUUUCUUCUCUCAUGUACCACGUGACAAAAUGACCAUCCAUCCCAAAUAUUUAUUAAAGCAUUUCUUCAUAGUUUUUGUUGUAAAUGUCAAUAAAUUCAGUGAACUACCAAUAUCAUUUGAAUACAUAUACUCAUUAUGGUAUAGAAACUGAAAGAAUUCCAGCACUCAGGCUUAUUUACGAUUCAAUGAAAGGUGGUUUUAUUAAAGAGUUGUUACAUAAAUGUGACGAUUCGGUCAGUUUUACCUUUUUCAAACUGUAAUUGAGUUUCAACAACGUAUGGAGAUAAACAUAAAGGUAUCCAAGUUACAACAUUUAUUAUGAAACAAUUGAAAAUUGUGCAGCCAGAUACAUAAGGAAAAAGAACAUGAUUAAUGGAAGUAUAAAUAUCCCAAGAUGUUAUGAUAAAUAAAACUGGUACAAUCGG